UAUUAGGAUGACUUGACUUUGAAGAGCAGAAAAUGGCCCAUACCCCGUAUUGCAAUCAAAAGAAAGUUUGAUUUAGUUUAAGAAUCUCUGAUAAUGCCCUUCAAAGACGUAGUUGUUCUCUUUGAUUUUGACUGGACAAUCAAUUAUAAAGAAAAGCUUCGUAUCAAAAACCAAGUUCUGAACCAUGGAGGAUGUGUCUCAUAUUCUUUAACCAAGAAGGUUAAAUUCAUCGUGUCCACCAACCCAACGCUCACCAAGGAUACGUACCGUGGCAGGGCUGCCAAGAAACUUGGAAUACCUAUUGUAGAUAUUUAUUACUUAAAAGAGUGCAUCAUUGCGAACUCUUUACUAGAAUUGGAUAAAUCUUUGGUCUUGAGUGAUACUGAAAAAUUACAGUCUGGAAGAAUAGAUUUACCAGAUCAGGGUGAUUCAGCUGAACUCGAGUCAGACUAUAGAAAAAUCCCAGAUUUCCAGGAUCUGGCAACAAAAGGGAAAGAAGACGUCAAAAUUGACCGCAGCAAGUUCCGCUGUGUCAAAUACUCCACUACUGGAUGCACAGAACUUUGGAUGAAUGAAGGAACUCCUCCUGAGGAGUACAUAGUAUUGAAAUGGGUUACUCUUCCUAAGGCAAUGAAUCACAACAAAGGAUGGAUAUUCUCAAGUUUCCAAGAUGCUUUGUUCAUGUACUGCUUCAUUACUCCACAUGCAGAUGUCACGAAUACACUCAGCCACCCAAAUAUGAAGGUUAACCAAGAUACAAAGAUGCCAGGAAAUUCAGACAAAAUCUUACAUUAUUACUGGAGAAAACUAUUGGAAGUUUUUAAACAGUUGGAGAAUUGGAAAGUAUCCGUCAGUAACAUCCAUAGGGACCUAUCAAUAAUGCAUGAUAUAGCCCACUUGCUCAAAACCGGAGCCAGUGAAGCCGAGAUAAAGGAACUUGGGGACCAUUUAUCGGAGGGCUGGGAACACUGCACCCCUCCAAAUCUACGUGCUGUCUACUCUUCUAUUUUCAUAUCCCAGCUCUGUCUGGACAUUUUAGCUGUGGCGCCUCAACCAAGAAAACUAAACUCCAUACAAGAAGUUUACGCGAUAUUGGACUUUUCAUUCAGUGGUCCCGUCACAGAAUCGUCGAUACCUCUGACUCACAAGAAAGCCCUAUCCUGCCCUCUGGAACACCCAAUAUCUGCCCAACUGUUUGCCAGUAACUCUAACGGAGGAAGUGGAAAGUGCAAGAUGCUAUAUCAUGUGACAUCAGAAAGGAAUGUGAUCAGUAUUCUAUCAAGAGGCUUCUAUUUACCCACCCUGAUAGAGAGUGAGAUGGGUGUAGAGAGAAGAGACUCUGGUAACCUUGGUAACGGGGUCUACUUCAGCUCUUCUUUGGAAGACUGUGCUAAAUACCUAAACAAAGAAAACAACGCUAUCUUUAAAUGUAAAGUGUGCGUUGGAGAAGUAUUUGAGACGACAGUAUCUAUGCGUGAUGUAAUACGGGCCCCGCCAAGAUAUGAUUCCAUUCUUGGAGUGCCGAAAUCUGGAAAUCGGCCAACCUCCGCUUUCGACACGGCCGAAUAUUGCAUUUUUGACAUGACUGCUAUUGAGAUUGUAGAACUGAUAGCUUGUGAUAUUCCUCUAAACGAAUUAAACAAGAACAAAGACUUUGCUGAUGAGAAUAAUGUACAAUCCUUCCAUAACCGGGACGCCUCUGACUUCAACAUUCAAGAAAUCUUUGACGGCUCCUGCGUGUCCCGUCCUAAAGUUGGUCUCCUAGUUGGUGGAAAAGAAGCCUCACUCUCCGGUUCAAUCCAUGUUUACAGCGAGCUGACUGAUCUAGCAGCACGUGUCACAAUUGUACAAUCCUACGAGAGUAACGAGAAGUCGGUGAAAGAAGCAAAGUACCUGUUUCCCAUCACAGAUAGCUCGGCAGUGUGCGGGUUUGAAGCUUAUAUUGGUAAUAAACAUGUGGUGGGAAAGGUUAAGAGAAAGGAGGAAGCAAGGAGGGAAUAUAGGAACGCGGUAAAGGCAGGUCAUGGAGCGUAUCUGAUGGAACAAGAGAAACCUGACCUGUUCUCCGUCGCGCUGGGCAAUGUGCCAGCUGGUCCGGUCACUAUUCACAUCAAGAUAUUGUACGUGACUGAGCUUGUUAUAGAGGAUACGGAGAUAGUGUUCAGUGUACCCGCUCUGACUCAAGGAGGGACUGAUAACAAGUUAACUCAGGUCACCACGGAUACCACGCUGGUCACGUGUCAGGCCACACCCAUCAACUUUCAUGCUUCUCUUGCCAUGCCUUUUGAUAUUGUCAAGGUUUACUCUCCAGGACGAACUGUGCAGGUGAAGAAAACAGACACCACCUGUUCGGUAAAAUGGGAAGGAGUUCUAUCUGAGGAGCUUUCUCUAAGAGUCUCCCUGGCUGAGAUCCAUCGGCCGAGGAUGUGGGUGGAACAAAACGGGAGCAGCGAGGCUGCCAUGCUCACAUUCUACCCGGAUAUUCAGUUCUCUGAGGGUGUUAAGAUGAUUAGUUUGGUUAUUGAUUGUUCUCGUAGUUUAGAGGGGUCCUGGGUUGAUGUGAUCAAGUUAGCGCUGUGUUUCUUGGAGCGGUUACCAGAGGGGUGUGUCUUCAACGUUUACAAGGUUGGGGCGCUUUUUGUGGAGUUAUUUCCCUAUCAUGCUGUCUCUACCCAGCAAAAUAGGGAUAUUGCCAAGGAAUUUAUUUCUGAUCUAAAACCUACCGAGUCAUCUGCCAAUGUGUACAAGAUUCUUAGUGCAUACCUUGCCAUGAAACCAAAGAUCCCGGGACAGUUUAUGAACAGUUUUAUACUAAUCAGCGAUGGCUUGGUGACAAACCCAAAACUCACCCUGGAAACAGCACGGCAGUUCAACUAUUCAGAUAGGAUAUUAGCAGCAGCUAUCACCACUGGAGGAAAUAAACAUUUCAUGCAAAACCUCGGUCAAGUCUCUGGUGGUUCAUUUGAAUUGUUUGAUGGUAAUGCCAAACGAAAGUGGCCAACCAGCAUUGCUAAAUUCCUGAAAAUCUGUACUGAACCGGGUCUAACAAAAGUUGACUUGAGAUGGAAAGUAUUUGGUAUGAACAGAGAUGAAAUAGAGCAAGCACCAGUGUCAAUAUCCUCGCUUUUCAACAAAACCAGACAGACAAUGUACGGCUUCGUCCCUAACUGCCGUGCUGCAACACUGCUAGCUUACAUUGGGGAACAGGAGCUGGAGACUCUGGUCAGUUGUGCCGAUCUAAAUGUUACCAAAGGAGACACACUGCACAAACUCACUGCAAAUGCCUUGAUAGAGGAUUACUUCAAGGGGAAUCUCAGGGAGGAUCAGAUGGAACACGAGGCUCACUUUAGGAAGAGAAAAGAAGCAAUAACUGAACUUUCUAUUUCACAUUCCAUACUGUGUCCACUUACCAGCUUCAUUGCUGUUGAAGAGAGAGAAGAGGGUGAGGUGAGAGAGGAAACGAUUGAUAUUGAGGAGAUACUGGCGACUUUGAGACAAGAUAAACUGGCUUAUAUGGCUUGGGAAGACCAUUCUGAUGUUGGGUAUCAUGAGGAUGAUAUAACGAUGAUUGAGACACGCGCACGUAAUAAGAAAGUUAUUCCGGCACUGAGUAACAUCGAUAAAUACGGAUGGGCAAGUUCGGAUGUUAAAUUACUUCCUUACUUGGCAUUUAUUGCAGCAGAGGAUGGAAAACAUGAGCCUAUGUCUUUUCUCCUGUCCGAAACUUUAUCGGAUAUUGCCAGAUCUGUGGCUGAUACAAGAGGCAUCUCUCCCAGCCACAUUGUUUUCCCUGUUAAGGACCAAUACAAAACCCUAGCUGAGCUGAAUUACCGAUCACUUUCAAAUAUAACUUAUCGUGUAAAAGAUAUCCCUCUCACUGUCACUAUAAGAUCAGACGCUACAGAAACACCUAUUAUCAUCGCAUCAAGAGGUUCUGCUACGAUCAGAGAAAUAAAAGAAAAAAUAAAUGAGCAACGUCUAGAUAACAAAAUCCCUGUAGAAUAUCAGCGCCUUCGCUUAACAGGGAAAGACUUGGAAGAUGACAGCACUCUAGAUGAUUACAAAGUGACAGAAGGUUGCACCUUGUCCAUGGAGAGUAAACUAGGACCAUAUCGUGGGAAUCCAAGUAACGCUAACUUACAAGUCAGUACAUUAACUGGUACUGGAACCAAAUUCCUCGUAAUUGUAAACACUGGGUUUUCAGCCUUGCAUCUAAAAUCAAAAAUUGAGUCCAUAACUGGAACCCUCGCUUCAGAUCAAAGAUUAAUCUUUGAUGGAAGGCAGCUGGAUGAUAACGUACCGUUAUUUCACUACGGUAUCAAGGAGGGAAGUGUUAUAUUCCAGGUUCCAACGUUGAGGGGAGGUGGUGGCCCUGUACCAUCUAAACAGCCUGUACAAGCAGGUGGUGGUGCACUUUAUGUCAAAACGUUAACCGGCAAAACUGUUACAUUGGACUCAGAGAGCAGUAUGACGGUAGAGGAAUUGAAACAAUCCAUCCAGGACAAAGAAGGGAUACCCCCAGAUCAACAGAGACUCAUCUUUGCAGGAAAACAACUUGAGGAUGGGAGGACUCUAUCUGAUUACAACAUAUCAAAGGAGAGUACCCUGCACCUGGUGUUGAGACUGAGAGGCGGGCCCGGUCCGGAACAGAGUGUACAACAAAAGAGUGUGGGAUCUGCAAAAUCUCUGCUGGUUACUGGUGAUAUCAGUUCUGUCGAAUCAAGUGCAGAGGAAGGAGAGGAGGAGGAGGAGGAGGAGGAGGAGAAGGAGGAGGAGGAGGAAGAGGAGGAGGAGGAGGAGGAGGAGGAGAAGGAGAAGGAGAGGGAGUCUGGGACAGAGGACUAUGAGUCAUAUCGUGAAAUGCUUUGCUAUGGUACAGCCUCUGGUACGUCAUUUUCUGGAAUCUGUGCUGGAUCUGUUGAUGCAUAUGAUAACUCAUCUGAAACUUAUAGUGUAGAGAUGAAAUUUGCUCGAGAAUUGUUUGAUAAAACUCCUUCCGAAGAAGAAACAGGGUAUUCACUGUUUGAUGAUAAUACCAGUUCUUCAUCUAAUACAGGAACUCUGCCGUUAAAAAUGUAUUCAUGUAGUGAAUUAUCUAGUGAUUCAUCUAAUGAAUCAUCUAAUGAAUCAUCUAGUGAAUCAUCUAGUGAAUCAUCUAGUGAAUCAUCUAGUGAAUCAUCUAGUGAAUCAUCUAGUGAAUUAGCUUCGUUGAUAGAACCUGCUAAACCCUCCUACAAACCUACUUGUUUUGAUGUUAAACCUGUCAGUCUUGGUGCAGCUCCAGUGUACAGGACUGGAGGAGGAGGGGGAAGAGUGAGAGGAGGAGGAGGAGGAGGAGGGAGAGGAGGAGGAAUGGGAGGAGUAUCGAGUAUUAAACGGUUAAGUUGUGAGAUGGAUGAAAUCAGAUGUGAUUUAGUUUCGAGACCCGAAUUUAUGAUUUCUGAUCGUUUCGAUGAUGAUGAUGAUGAUGAUGAUGAUGUCAUGUUUAAUGAUUUUUCGGAAAUAAAAGCAAAGAAAAAGAUGAAGAAAAAAUCUCCUGAGCAGUGCUUUGAUUUACUCCUCCUUGAUGUCUCCCCACUUUCAUUAUCAAUUGAAGACAGCAGUCACGUGAGCAUUCCUAUAGUGCCCCGAAACUCCAGUAUCCCCAACCGGAAAUCACUAGACUGUAUUACAACCCAUGAUUAUCAAACCAGCGUAAAAGUCGCUCUCUACGAAGGGGAACGGAGGAGAGUUAAGGAUAAUAUGUAUCUUGGAGAGAUUGUGAUAUCUGACAUUCCACCAGAUCUGCAAGGGUCGGUCAAGAUAAAAGUCACUGUGGAGAUAGAUGCAACUUCAAUGAUUCAUCUUAAAGUGAAAAUUGGCGAUGAGGAGGAAAUGAGGUCUAUGUACAAUUCUGGACGGCUGAGUUCAGAACAGAUAGAGAAGUCUAUAAAAGACGCGAAGGAUGAUUUUCGUGAUGGCAAACUAAACAUUCCAGCUGAGAUUUCCUUACCCGCUCCGGAUAUCAAUACUUUCCAGAACACUGCUGACAAAAAAAGGAUCGCCCCUACUUUAGAGAAUUUGAUAUCUUGUUAUCGCAACGGUUACGAAAGACUAGUUGCUGUUUCAUCUUUCUCAUGUACUGAAGUUGAUUUGAACGUUACGAUGUACGAAAGCUGGGUCUCCUCUUUACGUCAGUUUCCUCAAACAAUUGACCACAUAAUGGAAUACAGAUAUAAGGUUUGCGUCGAAAAUUCGAACGGUGAACCAUCUAUCCCCGAUGUCAUGAAGAUAGUACAGAAGUUGCUGGUCACUGGUGGAAUAAGAAGUCUUGGAACUGAUCUGCAGACUAAAACCGCCUCCCAUCUCAUGGAUUUGUUAACCUUGAUAAGAUCCAUGGAAAGGACCAAGCGUACUGAAAAUCUAAUGAAGUCACUAUUCGAACCUAGUGAUAUUCUUAGAAGACUCGAGAUUUCAAAUACUGUAGCGUCACUCUUUCUCACACUUUCUGCAGUGUUUGGAAUUGCAACAAAUGAUAACACUAUCAAUCACGAGAUUCUGAGGAACCUCGGUGAUCUCCACCUAGCGACCGAGUUAAAGAUAUUUUCGGAAUCUCAUCACGUCACCCCUCCACCUUCUGUCUGUGUUGUUUCCGAUUUAGAUUGAUUUUUCUUGAGUAUUCGGUUAUUGGUAUGUGUACUGAGAACAUAAUUUUUUAGCGGUUGCAAAAUUAUAUUUUUUACAAUUAUUGUUUUUAUUUACAUAGCAAUUGUGAUUUGUAUGUAUAUGUAUUAUGUUAAGUUUAAUAGAGCGUGUUUGAUUAAUAGCGAUGUUAGAUUUAAUUGAUAAAACUCAGCCGAAGCAAUGCUGCAGUUGCUUAAAAUUAAAUACUUUCGCUCGAUAUUGGUUAAUUUUAAGCUAAAGAUUAAAAGUCUAAAUUAUUAUCUGAACAGUUACGUUCACACAUUUGGACUUGUGUUACAUACAAUAAGUAUAACUUUUAGACUCUAGUGUCCAGACUAAAUAAGAUUUUUAUCGACCUAAAAUGGUUUGGGAAUAUUUUGAACAUUUUAUAUAUAACAUGUUAAUGUUAUGUAUGAUAUUUUCUUGUCACUUAAGCUUUGACUUCGAAGUUCGACGCAUCAAAUACUUUAUUAUCUU